ACGACAUAACCUCAAAAUGUCCAUAUAAAUCAAAACAAUAAUACAGUUAUUUUCAAUAUAAUAAAAUGUAGAGGCAUUAAAACACUUUUUACUAGGAUGGUGAGCAUAAACAGGUCUUUCCUCUAUGGCAUAGGUUUCGCCUCAAUAACCUGGAUCGUGUCGCUCUACUUGUAUGCCCAACUUUCAAGGAGUACCGAGCAAGGUUCCCAAGAAGUCACUGGUUAUUUUAGUGAUUUAAGCGUUAAUGUAGCUGAUUCCGGUCAGUUUAAGCGUACAAAGAAGCAAUAUGAUAAGAUAUUUAAUAGGAAACAUGAUAACAAGAGUGGGAACAGUAUCGAGCUCUUGGAUAAGUUGAAACCAGUCUGGAGGGAUCGUUUGCAGAAAACUAGUGAUGUUUUCGAACAAGAACUUUUUGAACUUGGCCUAGUACAGGACAAAGAGGAACAAGCCGUAAAAGACGAGGGGUACAAAACACAUGCCUAUAAUGUCCUUAUAAGUAAAAAAUUAAGUUUACAUAGGGACAUUCCUGACACAAGAAAUGCUCUGUGCAAAAAUCUCACAUACCAAACCGACCUGCCGUCUGCCUCAAUCAUUAUAUGCUUCUACAAUGAACAUUACGAAACCCUGCUGAGAUCCAUUCACUCAAUAUUGGACAGAACUCCCGCGAAUCUCCUGAAUGAAAUCAUUUUAGUAAAUGAUUUUAGUGAUAUUAAAGAUCUGCACGAGAACUUAGAAAAUUACAUAAAUAAACAGAAGUUGGACAAAGUUAAAUUGGUUAAAACUGAUGCUAGGGAGGGUUUAAUAAGGGCUCGAAUAUUUGGGGCGAGACAAGCCAAGGGGCAGGUUUUGAUAUUUUUAGACAGUCAUAUUGAAGUGAAUAAGGGGUGGAUCGAACCACUGUUGGACCAAAUAAAAUCAAACAGGACCAAAGUGGUCAUGCCAGUUAUCGAUAUUAUUAAUCCGGAUACUUUCGGUUAUAGUUCGAGUCCUUUGGUUCGAGGCGGAUUUAAUUGGGGGCUUCAUUUCAAGUGGGAAAAUUUACCUAAAGGCACUUUGGUUCAUCCAGAAGAUUUUGUAAAGCCGAUUAAAUCCCCCACUAUGGCUGGAGGACUGUUUGCUAUAGAUAGGAAAUAUUUUAUCGAUAUGGGGGAAUAUGAUGCUGGAAUGAAUAUAUGGGGAGGAGAGAAUUUGGAGAUUUCUUUUAGGAUCUGGAUGUGCGGUGGCUCUUUAGCGUUGAUCCCUUGCAGCAGGAUAGGACACAUCUUCAGACACAGAAGACCGUACAGUUCACCAGACGGUCAAGACACAAUGUUAUACAAUUCUUUACGGGUGGCACACGUUUGGUUAGACGAUUACAAAGACUUCUAUUUGAACCAAAACAAACAUUAUAAAACCAUAGACUUUGGGGAUGUAUCCUCGCGGGUACAACUAAGAAAAGAACUGAAAUGUCGCGACUUCGACUGGUAUUUGAAGAACGUGUAUCCGGAACUCACUCUGCCUUCGGACGAUCAAAGUAAAUUGAAGAAAAAAUGGUCUGCGUUGGAACAGGACAAGUUCCAGCCGUGGCAUUCGAGAAAAAGGAAUUAUCUUGAUAGGUUUUACAUUAGACUGGCAAACAGCUCUCUGUGCAUACAAAGUGCUAAGGACACAAAAACCAAGGGCAGUUCUUUGGUUUUACGUCCUUGUGGUAAAUCUAAGGACCAACUGUGGUAUCAGACCGAUAAAAACGAGCUGGUUUUAAAUCAGCUUUUGUGUUUGCAGGCUUCCAAGCCGAAUCCGGUUUUGUAUAAAUGUCACGAACUGGGAGCGGAUCAAGAGUGGAAACAUAAGAGCGGAAGAAACACUCCAAUAUACAACUUGGGCGCGGGUACUUGUUUAGCAGUAUCCAAGAAAUCGGUGAACGCCACCUUACAAUUGAAACUGUGCACCGAUCCCAACUUAAGUACCUGGGACCUCGUUGAUUCCAUUUAAACAUUUCAAUGUUUUUUUUUAUAUAAUAAUAAUCUCGAACAAAACUUAUAAGGCUGUAGGUAAUUAUUAUUUAUAUUAUAAAUAUAGUGCGGGUUUUUUAAAAAAAAAAC